AUGGCGUGCAAAAAUUUUCUAAACACUGCCCUCUUUUUUCUUUGUGGUAAGAGCAUUUCUGUCUAAAUUCUCUCCUUCCUGCACAUAACCAUUUGGGGGUCUUUUGCAGGAAAUUUAAACCACAGUGUUGGUGUGCAACUGAAACUCAGCAAACAGAGGUGUUGCACUGACAUCAAUAUUAUAAAGUGGAACUGCUGAUGUUGACAUGUUUUUGUUUUUGUCUUUUCCCUUUUUAAAGGCCUGGCUGGGGCACUUGCAGGUAUGUUCAACCAACAUAAACUUUAUAUUUAGUCUUGAAAAUGCCACCAUUAAAAAAAACCCAAGCUUGAUAAUGACAAAUUUUUUCCAGUAGGUCUUAGUUCACAUCCUGCGUCCCACUCUUCUUUUCUGUCUGACUGGUUGUUAACCGUUUGUCUGUGUUUUUCAGACUGCAGUGUGUCUUGCUACAGAAUAGAGCCGGGGACAAUGGCGGGCAUCAUCAGCGCAGACGUGUUGCUGACUCUUAUUAUUGUCGUUGUCACCUACCGAUAUGCAAGCUCUCGGCGUCAGAGGAUAGAAAAUGGUAGGGCAACAGAACCAGAAUGAAUCAUACGCCACAAAAUGUGCAAGAAUAAACCCUUUGGAAAUCAAAUGUUUCUCAGUUCUUGGUCCCCUAAAGCCCUUUAAGAUAUCACCAUGACAUCAAACUCCUGUUUUAUUUUGAUACACAGAUUGUUCCUUUAAACAUUUAGGCUUUUUUGGUUUACUUUUGUAAAACUUAUUGACCUUUUUGUGUUUUUAUUAUCACACCACACCUGUUAAAUGCCUUUAAUGUCUCUCUCUCUCUCUCUCUCUCUCUCUCUCUCUUGUUCUUCUCUGUCUUUUAAUGCCUUUCUUUUUAUCUCUUCACAGCUAACAAAGUGUACAUGAACGUCCGGGCCAACUGUAAGAGCUAAACCAAAAAUGGAGCUGUAUGUGAAUUAAUUUUUCUAACCGUGUUGUUCAAAAAUAUAUAUGAAAAAAAAAAACUUGACUAUGGAGCUUUAUUCUUUUGAAAUAAAUGUUUUCAACCGGCAAAAUUUCUCUUUUCUUGUCACACAUGUAAUGAAUAGAGUCACGGACAUAUAGAUAGAUGUAAUUAAACUAUUUUGGCAUUACAUACAAUGUAUUGUGAUCUUUUACUAUUUUAAUUUUUUCUUAAUUCAACAUUUAUGACAUGAACUCAUCACACUUUAUGAAAGGCUUUUUACAUUAGACUUCAAAAUUUACUUGUGUUCUGAAACUAUCCGUGAAAAUUUAGAAAAGACAAAUUUUGACUUGGUUUUUCAGACUUUAAGAGAUAUGUUAAAAACAUGUCAAAAAUUUUGCAGAUAAAAUAUCUUUAAAUAUCAUGUCAUCACCGUCUGCAGGUGACUUUUUGUUGUGAAAUCCCAGGAUGUUGUGGACCUGAGGAUCAUGUGUUAAUAUGAUCAGUGCUUACAGCUGUUUUGAUAUGGGUGGUUUUAAACAAUAAAGGAAAGUCCCAGUAAGUCCAUGAAUAGUGAUAUUGAUAGAAUUACAAGCUUUCAUGUUAAGUAAAUCAAAACUGAUCACUCACAACAAGGCAAAUAAUAUUUUUCCAGUAUUCACCUGAUACUGCUUAUUGUGUAUGGAUAUGUUCCUUUAAUGCGUUCGAUGACUCUGAAAGCACUUCAUUUCUUCUGUUUUGCUCAAAUGGCAGCAUUUGAGCUGUGUGACUACUACUGAGAUCUGGGGCAGAUUAUGAAGUUAGAAGUUGGUCUGUGUGUUAAAAUGAGCUUGUGGUUAAAUAGCUGCACUGUUUCAAACACAACAAUGUUGGUCAAAGGGAUAUCUCUGUAUUAUCUGUCAAAUCUCCCUCGUGUACAAGUGCACAGUGUUUUUUCAAGUCACUGACAGGAGCCGCUCUGUCUCUAUAUUGAUAUAAAAUCAAAUUGUUUAGAGAUCACUCCAACUUGAACUGUUUUUGUUUGUUUGUUUGUUUUUAAGAAUUUAUGAAAUUGACCUUCUAUUAACAAGACUCCUUCUUGAGUCCAGUUCACUCCCAAAUGUACAGGUACUAAUAAGAAAAAAAAUCAAGGGAAAAACUGGCUGGGGUCAUUUUAAGUGUGAGGACAUCUAUAUAACAAUGCCUCUAGCAUCUAAAAUAGUACACCAUUAAUGAAAAGUAUUAUUAUGGUUUUUUUUUAAUCAGCCUCUUAACUGGGUUUUUUCAGAACCCCUGAGAUCAAACAUUAGAAUAAAUGCUACGAAAAGGGUUUUACACGGCAUUGCAACUAAAAAAAAAUUAUAAUUAUACGAUUAAUAAUACCACUAAAGUUACUACAAGUCACAAACUUUAAAAAACGUUUCUAGGACAAAAAUCUGAUUUCACGAAUGAAUAAUUGCAUUUUGAAUGAACGAGUUUUGUUACUGAAAGAGAGGAUACACUUGUUUGCCAAGCAGUUUGUUUGCUUACUUUCAGCAUUGUUUUAAACAUUAUAUUAUACAAGACUUCUUUUAUGAAGCUGAUCAUUUACAAAAGCACUGACAGUCUUUUAUAUUUUUUAACGUGUAAAUAAGUCUUCUUUUUAAAAUUGUCAGUGAAGGUGUGCUUUCAUUUCACUGACAGUAAAGAUCAGUAGAUAUUCAAGCCUGUGGUUAAACAGUAGCCUUCACUAGAUAGCAAUGACUGUGGCCAUCCGCCCACUCUAAACCUUAGGUUAAGGAAAUGCUCAGUGUGAAGAUAUAAUCAUUUAUAUUUCUGCUGAAGCUGCUGAAGCAAUGCAACUGACUUAAAACCAACUCCUUAUCAUGGCAUCAGUGAGAAAGGCUUUCUGGAACUAUCAAAAGUUGUGUUUUAAAGUUCAGAAAAUCUCAAAGUGACAUAUUUAUGAAACUCACCAGCCUUACGUGAUUGUGCGAGAGGAACCAGGCAAUUUAUCUUCCCCUUCUUGAAGUGGACACCUCCUUCCUCCUUCUCCUAACAGGGUCACAUGCUGACACCUCUCACACACUACAGUAGCCAGUUUUUUUUUAUUUUUCAUAGGUGUGAAAACACACACAUCUGAAAACGAGGAGAAAGAUUGGUGGCCAUAAACCUCAGCUUCUCAUUUCACUUUUUGCCAGCAACCAACACUGAGAAAAUGUCUGACGCUCUGUGUAUCACGGGUUCCUUUUUUGGUGAGUUGUCUGUUAGCAAUAAUAACAACACAACAGUAACUAUGAGGUUUCAUACAUUAUUUUUAUUCUUCCAGGAUCUGCAGGAGAAAAGCAAGGUAUGUAUUUCCCCUCACAAUUUUUACCUCCUGCAGUAUGUGGAAAGAUGUCUCGUAUUCUUCUCAGGACAACAACCCUAUGUGUCUUUUUCACAGACUGUGAAUCCUGUUACAUGAUAAACAUAGGCUCUGUCAUUGGCAUUAUUGCCUUUGAUAUCAUCUUGACCAUCCUCAUCGGUAUAACGGUAUUCUGCUUGGCCUCUCACCAGAGACAGAGGAGAGAGACAGAUUCACAGGAGGGUGAGUUGUGUGUGUUAUAGCUAAGUAAAGGUGACAUAGCCAAGGGGUAACUUAACUUUUUAAAAAUAUGUUACAGGGAAAAGGAGCCAAUCAUCAUUAUCAAAGAAAAUAGCAACUGAGGUCACAGAAUCUCCCUACCAGGUAAAGCAGAACUAAACCAUCCUCUUGCUGCUGCUGCUGCUAGGACACUAAAAAUGUUAAAGGUUUUCAAUUUUGUUUGGAGAUUAAAUUUUGUAAUGCUUUGCUUAUUUUGUUUAAGGAGUUAGAUGGAGUCCAGUCGGACGUGUACAGUGAGCUGCAGGAGUUCAGAAGAUGA